AAUCCUUAUAUACACCCCUGGAAUGCUGUGACUUAAAGUUUAAGGAAAACUCACGAAAUCUGAAUCGGAAAAAAGAGAAAAUGGCACGAUGUUUGAAAAAGUUAAAAUAUACUAAUAUUUCUCGUAGUGGACUUUACAAUUCUCCCACCCUCCUGGCUUUUUUGUCGGAUGUUUCCCAAUCAUACAUCUAACCACUCGUUUAUUCUUCAUACAUUGAACUUUAUACCAGAGUUUAGCCCAGUCUAUCUUAAUUAAUUUUAUUUUUGUAACAAUAAUAAGUUGAAUUUAUUCCAGGAAAAGCUGUUUUUGUUGGCUCUGUUUUUAUGGAUCUUGUCACAAUAAGUGAUAGAUUUCCGAAAGGAGGAGAAACAGUUUUUGGUUCAGAAUUCUUCACAGGGUUUGGAGGUAAAGGUGCGAACCCAUGUGUUAUGGCAGCAAGAUUGGGAGCUCAAGCAUCAUUAGUUGGGAAGGUUGGAGAUGAUGAGCAUGGGAGAGUUUAUAAACAACAUCUGGAAGCUGAAGGUGUGGAUAUAAGGUGGGUGUUGACGGAGAAAAAUGUUACUACAGGGAUUGCCACUAUACAGGUUGAGUCAAGUACAGGCGAGAAUAAAAUCGUGAUUGUACCAGGAGCAAACAAUCUUCUAACUCCGCAGGAUGUUUUUGAUGCAGAGGAAACUAUAAAAGGAUGUUCUGUUCUUUCAACAGUUUUGGAGAUUAAACCUGAGGUUGUUCUAACUGCUCUAAAACUAGGACAGAAGCAUGGUGUUCGUACUGUAUUGAAUGCUGCUCCUGCUCGUGCUGAUCUUGCUCCUGAGAUCCUGGAGAAUACAGAUAUCCUUGUUCUGAAUCAAACUGAAGCUGAAAUCAUCUCUGGGAUUACAGGCAAAUGGCAGGUGACGACUGCAAAACUCAAGGAGAUAGGAUGCAAGAAUAUAAUUGUAACACUGGGUAGUGAGGGGGCUGUUUUACUUCAAGAGAAAAGGGAUCCACUUCUUAUCCCUGCACCGAAGGUUGAUGAGGUAGUAGAUACAACUGGUGCUGGUGAUGCUUUUGUUGGAAGUCUAGUUUAUUUUCUUCUUCAGAAUAUAUAUAACCCUGAUCUUCCAGAGGUUGUACGGAAAGCAUGUGCGUUAGCUUCUUUCACUGUUGGGAAGAAAGGAACACAGUCCAGCUAUCCUCAUAGAGAUCUAGUAACCCAUCUCCUCUAGACCAGCUAUCCUUAAAGUGAUCUAGUAACCCAUCUCCUCUAGGCUAUCCUCAUAGAGAUCUAGUAACCCAUCUCCUCUAGACCAGCUAUCCUUAAAGUGAUCUAGUUACCCAUCUCCUAUAGACCAGCUACCCUCAAAGUGAUCUAGUAACCCAUCUCCUCUAGACCAGCUAUCCUCAAAGUGAUCUAGUAACCCAUCUCCUCUAGGCUAUCCUCAUAGAGAUCAAGUAACCCAACUACUCUAGACUAGCUAUCCUCAUAGAGAGAUGUAACCCAACUACUCUAGACUAGCUAUCCUCAUAGAGAGAUUUAGUAACCCAACUACUCUAGACCAGCUAUUCUCAUAGAAAUCUAGUAACCCAUCUCCUCUAGGCUAUCCUCAUAGAGAUCAAGUAACCCAUCUCAUUUAGACCAGCUAUCAUCUAAGCUAGUAACCCAACUACUCUAGACCAGCUAUCCUCAUAGCUAGUAACCCAUCUACUCUAGACCAGCAAUCCUCAUAGCUACUAAACCCAACUACUCAAGACCAGCUAUCCACAUAGAGAUCUAGAAACCCAUCUCCUUUAGACCACCUAUCCUCAUGGAGAGAUCUAGUAACCCAACUACUCAAGACCAGCUAUCCUCAUAGAGAUCUAGUAACCCAUCUACUCUAUACAAGCUAUCCAUAAAGAGAUCUAGUAAACUAUCUACUCCAGACCAGAUGUCCACAUAGAGAUCUAGUAAAAUUGAAGCUUAAACAUUUAGAAUGUUUGAAAAUAUUUGUUUGUAAACAAAUUUGUAAACAAAUUAAGAUUUUUGGAUUCACUUUUGUUAGGUUUUCUUAAUGUUAUUGUUUGCAUUUGUUAAAUUGAUUAUUUGUGAUUGUAUAAAGUAUGUUUAUAAAUAUUUAAUAUUUUA